AUGGCAGGUUUUGAUUUCCUAAGAAUAGGUCGUGAUCGUGUUGUCAAGAUUCAGGCACAUUUUUGUGGGCAUAAAGUUCAAAAGCAUUAUAGAAAAAUGGUGUGGUUUGUUGGGAUAGUGGAGAAAGCGAUACUCAGAUGGAGACGAAAGAGUCGUGGGUUGCGUGGAUUCCGGCUGGAACUGAGAGCUCCGGAAUCGGAAUAUGAUUUCCUGAGAAUAGGUCGGAAACAGAAAUAUGUUGGAGUGGAAAAGGCAAUGACUAGGGUGCAUUCCAUGGCUCGGAAUCCUAAAGGCCACGAACAGGACAUGAGGCUCGUGGGGAAGUUUGAAAAGAUGAGCCAUGAAGAUAGCAGCAACAAAUGA